GCCGUGUGUUUACGUGGAGACGAAGAUGGCGGCGGCGGUGACGGCGUUGCCCGUGCGGCCGAGGACGGUCAGCUACUGAACUCGGAGACUGGUUCCACUCCGGGAGUGGGGUGCGCCGGCCCGCCCUGCUUCCUGGGCGGCGGAGCUUAGGGUCCCACCUCCCUCUCAACCGACUUCUUUUUCCUACCCCGACCCUCCCUCUGUCUUCCCCCAGCCUUCUCCGCAGAGGCCAUGGAGGACGAGGAGAGACAGAAGAAGCUGGAGUUUGGCAAAGCAAAGCUUGCCCAGUUUCGACAAAGGAAAGCUCAGUGUGAUGGGCAGAAUCCCUCUAAGAAGAAAAAAAAGAAGAAUACUUCAAGCAGUAAACAUGAUGUGUCAGCAUACCAUUCUUUGAAUAUUGAGCAAUCACACAGUGAUGAUAUGUGCAUGAAUAGUUCUCAGGGAGUAGGAUCAGUUGUGACUCCUGAAUCCACAAUAAUGAGAACUCUACACAGUGGAGAAAUAAUCAAACAUGACCAGGUCUUCUCUGCUGAACCGGAAAGUGAAAUUUCAACCACAGCCGAUGAUUAUAGUUCAGAGGUAAAUGGUUGCAGUUUUGUGGUGAAAACAGGAAAGCCUACAAAUUUAUUAAGGGAAGAAGAAUUUGGUGUUGAUGAUUCUUAUUCUGAACAUGGAGCACACUACAGCCAAACCCACCUAGAGAUGUUGGAAAAUGAAUUGGUUGGGAAACAGCAUGAAAUUGAAGAGCUAAACAGAGAGCUGGAAGAAUUAAGGGCCACCUGUGGGACUGAAGGACUGCAGCAAUUACAAGAAUUUGAAGCUGCGAUUAAACAAAGAGAUGGCAUCAUAACCCAGCUUACUGCAAAUUUACAACAAGCAAGAAGAGAGAAGGAUGAGACAAUGAGAGAAUUUUUAGAGUUGACAGAACAAAGUCAAAAUUUGCAGAUUCAAUUUCAGCAUUUACAGGCUAGUGAAACUCUGAGGAACAGCACUCAUAGUAGCACAGCUGCAGAUUUACUACAAGCCAAACAACAGAUUCUCACUCAUCAGCAACAGCUGGAAGCGCAGGACCAUCUAUUAGAAGAUUAUCAGAAAAAGAAAGAAGACUUCAAAAACCAAAUCAGUUUUUUGCAGGAGAAAAUUAAAUCAUGUGAAAUGGAACAAAAUAGACGAGUGGAAAGCUCAAAUAAAGAAAUACAAGAAAAGGAUGCAAUCAUCAAAGAAUUAAAUGCAAAAAUAAUUGAAGAAGAAAAAAAAACUCUUGAGCUAAAGGAUAAAGUCACAACUGCUGACAAAUUACUGGAAGAAUUACAAGAACAGAUUGUACAAAAGAACCAAGAGAUAAAAAACAUAAAUUUAGAGCUGACUAAUUCCAAGCAAAAAGAAAGACAGUGUUCUGAGGAAAUAAAACAAUUAAUGGGGACAGUUGAAGAACUUCAGAAGAAAAACCAUAAAGAUAACCAGUUUGAAACUGAUGUCCUGCAAAGAAUGGAACAAGAAACACAAAGAAAGUUAGAACAACUCCGGGCAGAGCUGGAUGAGAUGUAUGGGCAGCAGAUAGUGCAGAUGAAACAAGAGCUAAUAAAACAGCACAUGUUACAGAUGGAUGAACUUAAAACACAACAUAGGGGAGAAAUGGAUAAUGCUUUAAGAUCAUAUCCAAAUAUUACAGUUAAUGAAGAUCAAGUAAAGUUAAUGAAUAUGGCAAUAAAUGAACUGAAUAUAAAAUUGCAAGAUACUAACUCCCAAAAGGAAAAACUAAAGGAAGAACUUGAAAUAAUUUCAGGAGAAAAGUCUGCUCUACAAAGACAGCUUGAAGACCUUUUUGAAGAAUUGAGCUUUUCAAGGGACCAGAUUCAGAGAGCUAGACAGACGAUAGCUGAGCAAGAAAGUAAACUCAAUGAAGCACAUAAGUCCCUUAGUACAGUGGAGGAUUUGAAAGCUGAGAUUGUAUCUGCAUCUGAGUCCAGGAAGGAACUAGAAUUAAAACAUGAAGCAGAAGUUACAAAUUAUAAGAUAAAACUUGAAAUGUUAGAAAGAGAAAAGAAUGCUGUGUUAGACAGAAUGGCCGAAUCACAAGAAGCUGAAUUAGAGAGACUGAGAACACAGCUUCUGUUUAGUCAUGAAGAAGAACUUUCCAAACUAAAGGAAGAUUUAGAAAUUGAACAUCGAAUAAAUAUUGAAAAACUUAAAGAUAACUUAGGCAUUCACUAUAAACAGCAGAUAGAUGGCUUACAGAAUGAAAUGAGUCAAAAGCUAGAAACCAUGCAGUUUGAGAAAGACAAUUUGAUAACAAGGCAGAAUCAGUUAAUUUUGGAAAUUUCAAAGCUAAAAGAUAUACAGCAGUCCCUUGUGAAUUCAAGAUCAGAAGAAAUGACACUUCAAAUCAAUGAGCUUCAGAAAGAAAUAGAAAUACUCAGACAGGAAGAAAAGGAAAAGGGUACACUUGAACAAGAAGUUCAAGAAUUACAACUUAAAACUGAAUUACUGGAGAAACAAAUGAAGGAAAAAGAAGAUAACCUUCAAGAAAAAUUUGUACAACUUGAAGCAGAGAAUAGUAUUCUUAAAGAUGAAAAAAAAGCCCUUGAAGGCAUGUUGAAAAUAUGUACCCCUGUUAACCAAGAAGAAAAAUUACUUUUCAUGGACUCUGUUAAAUCCAAAUCCAAAGAUGGUAGCUGGCAAAAAGAAAUAGAAAUGCUUACAGAGGAAAAUGAGGACCUCAAAAAACAAUGUAUUCAACUAACUGAAGAGAUUGAGAAGCAAAGGAACACUUUUUCAUUUGCUGAAAGAAAUUUUGAAGUUAACUAUCAAGAGUUACAAGAGGAUUAUGCUUGCCUUCUCAAGGCAAAAAACGAUUUAGAAGACAGUAAAAAUAAACAAGAGGUGGAGUAUGAAAGCAAGCUUAAAGCACUUAGUGAAGAGCUUCAUCAUUUGCAAAAAAUAAACCCAACUACAGCAAAAAUGAAAAGUUCUAUCUCUGAUGGUGACAAAACUUUUAUAGCAGAACCAUUGGAAAUAGGUGAGGUUGUUGAGAAAGAUACAACAGAACUUAUGGAAAAACUUGAGGUAACCAAGCGGGAAAAAUUAGAACUGUCAGAGAGACUGUCUGAUCUUUCUGAACAACUAAAACAGAAACAUGGGGAAGUUCAUUUUCUAAGUGAAGAAGUUAAAUCUUUAAAACAAGAGAAAGAGCAAGUUUUAUUGAGAUGUAAAGAGCUAGAAAUCAUCCUUAACCAAAAUAGGCCAGAAAAUAUGAGGGGAUGUGAUGUUCAGUUAAGUUCUUUAAAAGACAGAGUUGUGACUGUGACAAGCAGCGAUUCCGAAGGAUCAGUUUCAGCAAUAAAUAAAGAUUUUGGUGAAUCAAAAAUAAUGGAGAAUGAGAAAAUACCUUUUGAAAAUAUGAGUAUUAAAAAAGAAAGCAAGCAAGAACAAUUGUUUUUGGAUCACUUGCCAUCAGUGACAAGUGAAUUAUCACUUAGGAUAACUGAACCCAGUGAAAAUGAUAAACUCCAGCAGGAACUUAGUGUACUCAAAUCAGAGCAGAAUGAUUUAAGGCUACAGAUGGAAGCUCAACGUAUAUGCCUCUCUCUGGUUUAUUCAACUCAUGUGGAUCAGGUUUGUGAAUACAUGGAAAAUGAAAAAGAUAAAGCUCUUUGCAAUCUUAAAGAGGAACUUAUAUCUGCUCAAGAGGAAAAGAUCAAGGAACUUCAGAAAAUACACCAGUUAGAGCUACAGAAUAUAAAAACACAAGAAACAGAUGAUGAAACGAAGCCUUUGCAAGUGCUCAUUGGAGAACUUCACAAGGCAGUAUCUGAAGAAUGUUCUUACCUUACGCAGACUUUUUGCAGUGUCCGUGGUGAACAUACUCCUGCUUUAAAAUGCAAAUUAAAUGUAGAAGAGAGAGUGAGUUCUGGUGUUCAUACUUCUGAAAAUCAAGAAUUAGAACGGCAAGAAUGUAGAUACAAAGUUCAAGACUUUCAAGAAAAUAUGCAAACUCUUCUCAACAAAGUAACAGAAGAAUACAACAAACUUUUGGUACUUCAGACACCAUUAACUAAGGUUCAAGGACAGCAGAUAGAUCAUGAGAAACUUGAAUGUGCAGAGGAAAACCUACCAAAGGAGGAAGCAGAAUUUUUAUCAACCCAGUCUCAGAUGACUAAUUUGCAAGACAUUGAUGACUGUCAUAAAAGCAAGUUAUCUACUCUGCAAGAUAUUGAAAAAAUUAAACAACUUGAAGGACAAGUCCAAGAAUUAGAAAACCAAAUAUCCUCCUUGCAGCAACAAUGGAAAGAAACGGAAGAAAACUAUGGGGCAGAGAUCCACUGUUUGCAGAAAAGGCUUCAAGCCGUUAGUGAAUCCACAGUUCAACCAAGGUUCUUCACUGAUUCAGGGGUAACUACUGAAUCUGAUGUACGGAAAACCAUGCACUAUGGAAAUUGUGUAAAACAGAACAUCGAUAGUACAAUAGAGUCUUCUGGUGGUGAAUUUGGAGUGGAACAGGAAACAAACAUGGUUAAGCUGCUGGAAAAACAGUACCAAGAACAAUUAGAAGAAGAAGUAGCUAAAGUCAUUGUGUCAAUGAGUGUAUUAUUUGCUCAACAAACUGAACUAUCUAGACUAUCUGGAGAAAAAGAAGAUACUAUAUCAUCAAAACAAGCACAUGCUCUCUGUCUACAAGAACAGCAACACUUAAAUGAAAGGAACUUACCCCAGGGUCCUGUUGGUUUUCAGACUUUCGAGACAACAGACAUGAAAUUUAAAGAAGAAUUUAAACCACUUAGUAAGGAGUUAGGAGAAGAUGGGAAAGAAGUCCUUUUACCAAACAGUGAUAAUCUUGAUAUACUCGAAUCAAAGGACCAUGAACUGACUAUUUCAGAAGAACUGUUCUCCAAAGAUAAAACAUUUGGAGCCAGAGAAUCUAUCCAUGAUGAGAUUUUGGUGUCAAGCAUGGAUGCUUCUAGGCAGUUAAUGUUAAAUGAAGAACAACUGGAAGAUAUGAGGCAGGAACUUGUACGCCAGUACCAAGAACAUCAGCAGGCAACAGAACUGUUAAGGCAGGCACACAUGCGCCAGAUGGAGAGACAACGAGAAGACCAGGAACAGCUACAAGAAGAGAUUACGAGACUAAAUAGACAAUUAGCCCAGAGAUCCUCAAUAGAUAAUGAAAACCUGGUUUCAGAGAGAGAGAGGGUGCUUUUAGAGGAGCUGGAAGCACUAAAGCAGCUGUCUCUAGCUGGAAGAGAGAAGCUGUGUUGUGAGCUGCACAACAGCAGUACGCAAACACAGGAUGAAGAUGAAAACCAAGGGGACGCUGAGGAACAGAUCUUUAAAGAAAAGGAAUUGGACAGAAAACUUGAAGAUGUGCCUCCUGAUGUUCUGUCUAAUGAAAGCUUGCAUGGAGGAAUUUGGCCCCUAAGAUUUUGGCUUCCCCAUUGGAUCAUCAGUAUGGAACACAGUCAGUAUGGAACUCAAACAAGAAAGACAGUGUAUGCACUCCAGAAAGCUAAUAACAGACUUCUGAAGAUCCUCUUAGAAGUUGUAAAGACAACAGCAGCUGUCGAAGAAACAAUUGGUCGCCAUGUCCUUGGUAUUCUAGAUAGAUCAAGUAAAGGCCAGUCAUCUGCCUGCUUGAUUUGGAGGUCAGAAGCAGAGGCACCUAUGAAGUCAUGUGUCCAUGAGGAACACACAGGAGUUACAGGUGAAUCUAUACCAUCUUAUUCUGGAAGUGAUAUGCCAAGAAAUGACAGUAGCAUGUGGUCAGAAGUAACUGAGGAAGGAACAGAGCUGUCACAACGGCUCAUGAGGAGUGGUUUUGCUGGAAUUGAAAUAGAUCCUGAAAAUGAAGAAUUCAUGCUGAAUAUUAGCUCUCGACUACAAGCAGCAGUUGAAAAACUCCUAGAAGCCAUAAGUGAAACUAGUAGUCAGCUCGAACACGCAAAAGUUACACAGACAGAGUUGAUGCGUGAGUCAUUUAGACAGAAACAAGAAGCGACCGAGUCCUUUAAGUGCCAAGAGGAGCUGCGAGAGCGCCUUGUGGAGGAGUCCAGGGCCAGAGAACAGCUGGCUGUGGAGCUCAGUAAGGCUGAGGGUGUCAUUGAUGGCUAUGCAGAUGAAAAAACUUUUUUUGAAAGGCAGAUUCAGGAAAAAGCUGAUAUAAUAGAUCGCCUUGAGCAGGAGUUGUUAUGUGCAAGUAAUAGAUUACAAGAAUUGGAGGCAGAGCAACAGCAGAUCCAAGAAGAGAGAGAAUUACUGUCCAGGCAGCAGGAGGCUAUGAAAGCAGAGGCGGGCCCCGUGGAACAGCGACUAGUAGAUGCUGCAGUCGAUGCAGCACCUGGAUCAGAAUUACUACAGGAGACAGAAAAACUAAUGAAGGAAAAACUAGAAGUACAGUGUCAAGCUGAAAAAGUACGUGAUGACCUUCAAAAACAAGUGAAAGCUUUAGAAAUAGAUGUUGAGGAACAAGUCAGUAGGUUUAUAGAGCUGGAACAAGAAAAAAAUGCUGAACUAAUGGAUUUAAGACAGCAAAACCAAGCACUGGAAAAGCAGUUAGAAAAAAUGAGAAAAUUUUUAGAUGAGCAAGCCAUUGACAGAGAACAUGAGAGAGAUGUAUUCCAACAGGAAAUACAGAAACUGGAACAGCAGCUUAAGGUUGUACCUCGAUUCCAGCCUGUCAACGAACAUCAAACAAGAGAGGUUGAACAGUUAACAAAUCACCUGAAAGAAAAGACAGACAAGUGCAGUGAGCUUUUGCUCUCUAAAGAGCAGCUUCAGCGGGAUAUACAAGAACGGAAUGAAGAAAUUGAGAAACUGGAAUGCAGAGUAAGAGAACUGGAGCAAGCCUUACUCAUCAGUACGGACACUUUUCAGAAGGUAGAGGACCGAAAACAAUUUGGAGCUGUGGAAGCUAAAGCAGAAUUGUCCUUAGAAGUACAGUUGCAGGCUGAAAGAGACGCCAUAGACAGAAAGGAAAAAGAGAUCACAAACUUAGAAGAACAAUUAGAGCAGUUUAGAGAAGAACUGGAAAAUAAGAAUGAAGAAGUUCAGCAACUACAUAUGCAAUUAGAAAUACAGAAAAAGGAAUCAACUACCCGCCUACAAGAACUUGAACAAGAAAACAAAUUAUUUAAGGAUGAAAUGGAGAAACUGGGAUUUGCCAUAAAGGAAUCUGAUGCUAUCUCUACUCAGGACCAACAUGUGUUGUUCAGCAAAUUUGCUCAAAUAAUGCAGGAAAAAGAGGUAGAAAUUCACCAGUUGAAUGAACAAAUUACAAAACUUCAGCAUCAACUUAAAAUGACAACAGAUAACAAGGUUAUUGAAGAAAAAAAUGAGCUGAUAAGGGAUCUCGAAACCCAAAUAGAAUGUUUGAUGAGUGAUCAAGAACGUGUGAAGAAAAACAGAGAGGAAGAAAUUGAGCAACUUAAUGAAGUGAUUGAAAAACUUCAACAGGAAUUGGCAAAUAUUGAACAAAAGACAUCAGUGCAUGCUAAUUCUGUCCCAGAAGAAGCAGAUAGUUUAAAACAUCAGCUGGAUAUGGUAAUAGCUGAAAAACUGGCUUUGGAACAGCAAGUAGAAACCACUAAUGAAGAAAUGGCCUUUACUAAAAAUGUACUUAAAGAAACCAAUUUAAAAAUGAACCAGUUAACACAAGAACUAUGCAGCUUAAAGAGAGAAUGGGAAAAUAGGGAAAAAAUCCAAAGUAUACCAUUGAAAAGUGAUAAUGUGGCUGUAGAUGAUCUGAGCAGAAAGAAACCUGAACUAGAAGAAGUCCUUACUGGGGGUGCUCUUCAGCCCCUGGAAAAUCAGUCUUCCCUCAGAUCUGUGGAAGAGAACAGCAGAGUUUCCAUAAACAGUUUGGAAACAAAGGUGCUACAGCUUGAGAGUACUGUGAGUGCAAAGAACUUAGAACUUACCCAGUGUUAUAAACAAAUAAAGGACAUGCGAGAACAAGUCCAGGCUGAAACAGAAAUGCUUAAAAAGAAGAUUGUAGACCUUCAGACUGUACUCGAGGAAAAUGUUGCUGCUGCUGUUGUGAGUCAGGUCCAACUUGACGCAGUUAAGGAAUAUGUGAAACUCUGUCAAAGUGAACAGGAGAGUUCAUCAGAGCCCAAAAGAGCAAAUAUACAGAAUUUAAGUCAACCGACAGAAAAUGAGAUGAAGUCAGAUGUAUCAGCAUUAACCUUGAGAAUAUCAGAAUUAGAAAGCCAGGUGGUUGAAAUGCAGACCAGUUUGAUUUUAGAAAAAGAACAGGUAGAAAUCGCAGAGAAAAAUGCUGUGGAAAAAGAGAAAAAGCUACGAGAACUACAGAAGCUAUUGGAGGACAGUGAGAAAGAACAGGGAGGCAAAGGAAGGGAAAGAAGCCCUCGUGGAGAUUUUGAAGUUCCCAAGGCAACUACUGAGCUAAUUCAUACUAGUGAAGAAAGUGGAUUUUUUGUUCAACUUGAGGCUCUCAGAGCUGAGUCAGCAGCUACCAAAGAAGAACUUGCCAGUUAUAAAGAAAAGGCAGAAAAACUUCAAGAAGAACUUUUGGUGAAAGAAACAAAUAUGGCAUUUCUCCAGAAAGAUUUAAGUGAAGUUAGGAAUCAACUCACAGAGGCAAAAGAGAAAUUAUCCUACUUCUUAGAAGAAGAAAAGAUUGAGGUACAAGAAAACAGAAAGCUAUUCAUAUUAGAGCCGUUUCCUAUUAAAGAGGGUAAAAGUGCCGCAUCCCAGACAGACAGGACUCUCAAGGUCAAUAGCAGCAAUCAGACUCCACAAAUCCAUGUCAGAAAUGCAGGAAUCCAAAUUGAUUUACAGAGCGAAUGUCCAUCAGAAGAAGUUACUGAAAUAAUCAAUCAGUUUACUGAAAAAAUUGAGCAAAUGCAAGAGCUGCAUGCUGCUGAAAUUUUGGAUAUGGAAUCCAGACAUAUUUCAGAAACUGAAACCUUGAAGAGGGAGCACUAUGUUGCUGUCCAGUUACUGUCAGAGGAAUGUCGUACCUUGAAGGCAGUGAUACAGUGCCUGAAGUCUAAAGAGGGAGCCUCAAUUCCUGAAUUAACACAUUCUGAGGCUUACCAAACUAGAGAAAUAUGUUCUAGUGAUUCUGGAUCAGACUGGGGUCAGGGAAUUUACCUUACACAAAGUCAGGGAUUUGACUCAGCAUCAGAAGGCCGAGGAGAAGAAGGUGAAAGUUCAACAGAUUCAUUCCCAAAGAAAAUAAAGGGAUUACUGAGAGCUGUCCAUAAUGAAGGCAUGCAGGUGCUCUCUCUCACCGAGUCUCCCUAUAGUGAUGGAGAGGACCAUUCUGUUGAGCAAGUUUCAGAAUCUUGGCAAGAAGAGAGAAAAGCUUAUCUCAGUACAAUCUCAUCUCUUAAGGAUUUAAUUACCAAGAUGCAGGUGCAAAGAGAAGCUGAGGUUUAUGACAGUUCUCAGUCUCAUGAGAACUUCUCAGACUGGCGAGGUGAACUUCUGCUUGCCCUUCAGCAAGUUUUCUUAAAGGAGCGCAGUGUUUUACUGGCUGCAUUUCAGACUGAACUGACAGCUCUAGGCACUAGAGAUGCAGCUGGAUUAUUAAACUGUUUGGAACAAAGAAUACAAGAACAGAGUAUUGAAUAUCGAGCAGCUAUGGAAUGCCUUCAGAAAGCAGAUAGACGGAGCUUGUUAUCUGAAAUUCAAGCACUGCGUGCUCAGAUGAGUGGCAGAAAAAUGACUCUGAAAAGAGAACAAGAGAGCGAUCAAGCAAGCCAAGAACUCCUGGAAUAUAACAUUCAGCAGAAGCAGUCUCAGAUGCUGGAGAUGCAAGUGGAGCUCAGCAGUGUGAAAGACAGAGCAGCGGAACUGCAAGAACAACUGAGUUCUGAGAAAAUGGUGGCUGCCGAACUGAAGAGUGAGCUUGCACAGACUAAGCUGGAACUCGAAACAACACUUAAGGCACAGCAUAAGCACCUGAAGGAACUAGAGGCAUUUAGGUUGGAAGUUAAAGAUAAAACAGAUGAAGUACAUUUGCUUAACGACACAUUAGCAAGUGAACAGAAAAAAUCCAGAGAGCUCCAGUGGGCUUUGGAAAAAGAAAAGGCCAAACUGGGACGCGAUGAAGAACGAGAUAAAGAAGAACUUGAGGAUCUGAAAUUUUCACUGGAAGGUCAGAAACAAAGGAAUAUUCAGCUAAAUCAACUUUUGCAACAACAGAAGCAACUACUAAAUGAAUCACAGCGGGAAAUAGAAUCACAAAGAGUGCUAUAUGAUGCCCAGCUAGCAGAAGAACGAGGUCGAAACUUAGAGCUUCAAGUGCUGCUUGAAUCUGAGAAAGGUCGGAUUCGGGAAAUGAGUAGCACCCUGGACAGGGAGCGGGAAGUGCACGCGCAGCUGCAGCGGAGCAACGACGACGCCGGGCAGCCUCGGCCCUCCUUGCCCUCUGAGGACCUCCUCAAAGAGCUGCAGAAACAGCUGGAGGAGAAACACAGCCGCAUAGUAGAAUUAUUAAAUGAGACUGAGAAAUAUAAACUGGAUUCUUUGCAGACAAGACAGCAAAUGGAAAAGGACCGGCAGGUUCACAGGAAGACAUUGCAGACAGAACAAGAGGCCAACACUGAGGGACAGAAGAAAAUGCGGGAGCUCCAGUCCAAAGUGGAAGAUCUUCAGCGCCAGCUGGAAGAGAAGAGGCAACAAGUUUAUAAAUUGGACCUUGAAGGAAAGCGACUGCAAGGAAUUAUGCAGGAAUUCCAGAAGCAAGAACUAGAACGAGAAGAAAAACGAGAAAGUAGAAUUCUGUAUCAGAAUCUUAAUGAGCCAACCACAUGGAGCUUAACCAGUGAUCGAACUAGAAAUUGGGUUCUUCAACAGAAAAUAGAAGGAGAGACAAAGGAAUCAAGCUAUCCUAAACUGAUUGAAAUGAAUGGAGGAGGAACUGGCUAUAAUCACGAAUUAGAAAUGAUCAAACAAAAGCUUCAACAUAUGGCUUCAAAACUACGGCGCCUCGCCCAGAAAGCCUCCAACAGACUACAGUUUGAAACAGCAGAUGAUGAAGAUUUCAUUUGGGUUCAUGAAAAUAUUGAUGAAAUUAUUUUACAACUACAAAAAUUAACUGGCCAGCCAGGCAAAGAGCCUACUUUAGUGUCCCCAAGUACCUCUUGUGGCUCAAUGACUGAAAGACUACUGAGACAAAAUGCUGACCUAACAGGACAUAUCAGCCAACUGACUGAAGAAAAGAAUGAUUUGAGAAACCUGAUUAUGAAGCUAGAAGAGCAGAUCAGGUGGUACCGACAGACAGGAGUUGGCAGAGAUUACUCUUCCAGGUUUUCAUUCAGUGGUGGCGCCAACAUUGAAGCCAUCAUUGCUUCUGAAAAGGAAGUCUGGAACAGAGAAAAGUUGACUCUUCAAAAAUCCUUGAAGAGGGCAGAAGCUGAAGUGUACAAACUGAAAGCUGAACUAAGAAAUGAAGUUUCACUUCAGACUCUGAGCCCGGACCCUGAGCACGCCACUGUAAAGAGAAUUUAUGGUAAAUACCUGAGGGCAGAGAGUUUUCGGAAAGCUCUCAUUUACCAGAAGAAGUACCUGCUGCUGUUGCUGGGUGGCUUCCAGGAAUGCGAAGAGGCCACCCUGGCUCUGCUCGCCCGCAUGGGGGGGCAGCCGGCCUUCACGGACCUGGAGGUGAUCACCAACCGCCCAAAGGGCUUCACCAGGUUUCGGUCAGCUGUCAGAGUGUCCAUGGCGAUCUCUAGAAUGAAAUUUUUGGUUCGACGGUGGCAUCGCGUCACAAGUUCUGGUUCCAUCAACAUUAACAGAGAUGGCUUUGGACUGAGUCCAGGUGCUGAAAAGACUGACCUGUUUUACCAUUCUGCUGCUGGCCUGGAGCUGUAUGGAGAACCCAGGCACACCACCUACCGCUCGAGAUCCGAUCUGGACUACCCUCGGUCUCCUUUACCGUUUCAGAACAGGUACCCAGGCCCUCCAGCUGACUUAAAUCCUGCUUCCUUAGCAUGUUCUCAGCUUCAGAACUAUGACCCUGACAGGGCCCUGACGGAUUACAUCACCCGGCUGGAGGCGCUGCAGAGACGGCUUGGCACCGUGCAGUCAGGUUCAACUCAUUUUCAUGCUGGCAUGAGAAGAUAAUCCUUUGAAAUCGAAGUGAUUUUAAACAAAUUCCCUUUUGUAAACCAAUGGUUCUUUUGUGCUUUUGUAUCGUGGACAUUCAAUGGGACCAACAUGAACACAGCUUACGAUUGUACACAGAUCCCUUGCCAGCACAUGAAAACAAACUGGAGUUUGUACAUAGAAGCAUUGUGUAUGUAUUCAUGCACAACAGCCCUUAAGUUACAUGUGUAUUUGUGGAAUGCUAAUUUAAAUGGUUAAAUUAUAAACCUGAUGUAUUUAUCAAAUGGGUGAAAAGAUUAAACUUUUGCGCAUUAUGACACUGCUGAAUGUGUGGCUUGAGGUGUCCUGCACUUUUCUUACAAGGCUACUGAAGUUACCUGUUUCUGCCUAAUAUAUUUGCUACUGGUGAUGAUGACAGAUAUCACUUGUAGAGACCUAUUUUUGUAUAAUGGUAGAAGUUUUGACUUUUAUGGGGUAUUUUGUCAAGUACUGAAAUAAAAAUGACUUCACCAUUUUAACCACA